AUGGCUAUUACUGUUGCCUUCACUGAUUCUUUCAUUAAUUUGCCGUCGCUCCUUAUUUUAUUAUUAUCCGCAAUAGGUAACUGCAAAUCGAACAUUGAUGCUUUGAAACCAUGUUUCGAACAACACAUUGGUCAACAGCUAUCGGAUUUGUCACCAUAUCAUAGCGAGUGGCGAAUGAAAACACCAGAAGAGUGUUUACUGUUUUGUGCUCUUUCUUCGUCUCGCUGUCGGUCUACAGUUCAUGAUACCUUCCAACACAUUUGUCAUUAUUUCUUGGAUGAUGGUCAGCAACAUUCACAAAUAGCUCGUGGCAUGAUUUACUUCCGAGUAGUUGAAAAAAAUUGCUUGGACCAAUUUUUAAAUGGCUUCAACCUCACAUUUCUGGGUUCAGAAUUCGCAAUCUCAGAGGCAUUACCAUCUACUCCGAAGUAUGACACAAACACAGGUUUUAUUGAAUUACAGCGACCUGCAGUAGCGCAUGCAAACCCGUUGAUUCAUAUACCACCCGGUGGUCGAGCUAUAACUCCCACUCCUUAUUUCGAUUAUUUUGAUAGUCAACAAAAACUUAAGAAGAAUGAAAAGUUUGACGAAUCGAAUCUUACUACUGCAACUUCCAUUAUAACUACUUCUGAUAAAACUAUCGUUUCUGCUAAUGGUAUUACUGUUAAUACUUUUACUUCUUCACCAACUGCAUUAUCAAAGGUACUCUCUAAGGGUUAUCAAAUUUACGACGAAUCUGCUCAAAUGAUACCAGCUUCCAAAUUUUUUAUGUCAACUUUUCCAACGUUGUUGUCCACACACAAAGAAAAUUUAAUUAAUUUAACAUCCAGAAGAACUAAAGUAUUGGAAAAAUCAAGUCAUGAAACCCACUCAUCUGAUGAUGCUUUAUCUUUCACCGAAAACAUCAGGAAGCUUACAACGCUUAGCGCAAAUUUCGAAAAAGAUCGUCAGGAAAAUGGUGUUGAUUUGAAUAAACUGUUGAAAAUGGUUACGGAAGACAUACGACGAUCACCAAUUAAAACUUCCAUAAUAGAUGUGGAAAAGUUAGAUGAGAACCCAAAUGAAAUGAUGACACUCAUUCUGGAUAAGUUGAUACCAAUUUCGACAGUUAAAUCGAUCUCCAUGACACUUUCUAAGCAAAAUAAUAGAGCAGAAAGAUUUCUUCCAACAGCAAUAUGUGGAAGCGAUGAGCGUGAAGUAUGGCUCACUAUCGUAAAUGCUGUAUUAGAAGAGAACAGGUUGCAAAAGAAGACAAGUGCUGGGUCGUACAACUCUUGCAAAAUUAAGUGUAACCUUAUCACUGUUUCUGGGAGAGACUGUACUUCUUUCACUUAUGAUGCAGUAAAACGACAUUGUGUGACACAUACCAAUAAUAACGCCGUUGUAGCAUCUUUAGCUUUUUCACCAUCACCUGAAUCCGAUUUCAGCAUUCGAACGGCAGUGAAAUUCUGCUAUCCAGAAAGUUUGAUUCUUCUCGAAGAAUGUUCUGAAUUUAUUGCGUUUCUGGAUUAUGUGAUCGAUAUUAAGCCUCGAGAAAUUUUUGACGGUAUUCCGAGAGGUCAUCAAGGAUUACAUGCGUGCAUUGAGCUAUGUGUCUUGGCACCUCAUUUUCACUGCAAGUCGGCAGCAUUUGUUGUUAAUUUGGGCAAAUGUUUGUUGUAUGAUGAAAAUUCAUUAUCAAGCCCUGAAUAUUUUCAAGAGCAUCAGCAGUAUGGAUUGAUUUAUUUCGAGAAUGGAUGCAAGCAGUUUGAUAAAACACAAAUUCCAACGGAACGUCUCCAACAUCUCUCAAUGAAACGACCUAACAAUGUUCGAUAA